AUGAACUGCUGCGUCGUCAGUUGUACCAACAGGUACACGUCGUGCCCUGCGGUAACGACGUUUCACUGUUUCUCAACUCGUCCGUGCUUUAUUGGGCAGCGGCAAAAGUGGAUCACGGCUGUGCGACGAAAAAACCAUGACGGAACAAACUGGGAGCCCUCUCGGCACGCGAAGAUAUGCAGUGCACAUUUCGUUGGGGGUGUGCCGUCCAAGGAUGUGUCGUCCCCGUCGUACGUGCCAACGAUAUUUCCUGACGAGUAUCGUAAGCGGUCCGUGCUUGCCGAAGAUAAGUGUGCGAUCUGUGCCGUGUGCUGA